AUGCGGCUGAUGAGGUACAACCCAACCGCUAUCCACGUGCCCGGCAAAUCACUCGUCAUUGCCUACACCCUAUCCCGUGCUCCGCAAGAGUCCUCGCCUACUAGUGAUCUUGCUGAUGAAGUACAGCUGCAUGUGUCUGCCGUCACAUCGCAUUGCUCCACCGACCCGCUCUUGGUCGACGUUCGGAACGCGACCAACGCUGAUGCCGGCAUGUGUCGCCUCCGUGCCCUCAUCCUCAACGGGUGGCCAGCCAAGCCCACCUCGGUCCCUGCUAGCCUCCGCCCGUACUUCGCUGUUCGCGAUGAGCUCUCAACUGCUGAUGGUCUCAUAUUCCGUGGCCAACGUGUCAUCAUCCCUGCAUCCCAGCGCAACGCCGCCCUUGCCAGUGCUCACGAGGGUCACCGAGGCGUUGGUAAGUGUCGUGCUCGUGCGCGCGCUGUGAUGUGGUGGCCUGGUAUGUCUACGGACAUUGAGUCGUAUGUGAUGUCUUGUGCCACCUGUGCCAAGGCCCGUCCUAACCCAGCCGAGCCGCUCAUCUCGUCCGAGUUCCCACCUCUUCCAUGGUCAAAGAUCGCGUGUGAUCUGUGUGCAGCCAAAGGAUCCACUUACCUAGUAGUUGUCGACUAUUUCUCGCGCUACAUCGAAGUCAAACAACUUACCACUACUACGUCUGCCGCUGUGAUUGCCUCUCUCCACUCCGUGUUUUCUACCCAUGGUAUUCCACACACGCUAGUGUCUGACAACGGUCCACAAUUUGCUAGUGCCAGCUUCCGUGCAUUUGCUGCCGAGCUUGGGUUUGCCCAUCGCACGUCAAGUCCUCGCUUCGCCCAAAGCAACGGCGCUGCAGAACGUGCCGUUCAGACAGCCAAGCAGCUCAUUCUCAAGAACGAUGACUUGCCUUCCGCUCUCUUGGCCUACCGGUCUACGCCAUUGGCCAACGGUUAUUCACCGUCACAGCUGUUGUUUGGCCGCCAAAUCCGCUCCAGGCUACCAGGACCCCUCCCUGCUCCAGACUAG